AUGCCUUCGCGACCCCAGCCCGUCGCCUUCGCUCCGCCCGUCGCCUUCACUUCCCCCUCCCGUCGCCUUCGCUCUGCCCGUCGCCUUCACUUCCCCCUCCCGUCGCCUUCACUUCCCCAUCCCGUCCCCUUCACUUCCCCCUCCCGUCGCCUUCACUUUCCCCUCCCGAUGCCUUUACUUCCCCCUCCUGUCACCUUUGCUUCCCCCUCCCGUCGUCUUCGCUUCCCCCUCCUGCCGCCUUCACUUCCCCCUCCUAUCUCCUUCACUUCCCCCUCCCGUCGCCUUCCCUUCCCCCUCCCUACGCCUUCACUUCCCCCUCCUGUCGCCUUCCCUUCCCCCUCCCUACGCCUUCACUUCCCCCUCCCGUCGCCUUCACUUCCCUCCCGUUGCCUUCACUUCCCCCUCCCGUUGCCUCACUCGCAUCGCCUUCACUUCCCCCUCCCGUUGCCUCACUCGCAUCGCCUUCACUUCCCCCUCCCGCCGCCUUCACUUCUCCCUCACGUUGCCUUCACUCCCCCCCUCCCCCGGUCGCCUUCACUUCCCCCUCCCAUUGCCUUCACUUCCCCCUCACGUUGCCUUCACUCCCCCCCCCCCCCACCCCCGUCGCCUUCACUUCCCCCUCCCGUCGCCCCACUUCCCCCUCCCGUCGCCCCACUUCCCCCUCCCGUCGCCUUCACUUCCCCCUCACGUCGCCUUCACUUUCCCCUCAAGGCGAGCCAGCCCAAGUCUUACUUGGGGGGAGUGGUUGGGACACUGGCCAACAAUCCAGUGUCACUCUAA